AUGGAGCCCGGCACCGAUCCUGAUGCCGGCGCCACUCCGCGACAGAGAGUGACCAAUGCUUGUGAAGCUUGCAGGGCAGCCAAAGUCAAGUGCCAAACCAGCGUGCAGCUUGGAACAUGUCGAAGAUGUCUCGAUUUCAAGAGAGAAUGCAUCUUCCGCACCGGGCCCAGGACUCGUCGUCCGCGACAGUCUAAGCAAAACCAGGACGCCCCCAGACCACCUCCUCCACCGGGGCCCUCCAAGACUUUCAGUAUCGACUUUGAGAUGCCCCAAGUAGAAGAGGCUGACGACCUCGACAAUCUCGCCGCCCGGCACGACAAGUACUUGGAGGAGUUUCUACCACCAGAGUCCGACAUGGAAUCCAUAGACAUGAUGUUCGGCCUCGACGGUUCCGGCAGUGAUCCCCACUCGGCCAUCUCGUCCCCACCGUCCUCGGGCCCGUCCGUCUCGGUGGCGAGCUUCGGUCUCAAACCGCAGUUCAACCUCGACUCGGCCGAAAAGCUGCUAUCGACUUUCCGCGUCAUGCUGAAGCACUUCCCGUGCGUGGCACUUCCGCCCGACGCCACAGUCACGUCGUUAUCAAAGACCAAACCUUUUGUGCUUCUCGCCAUUCUCUCAACGGCGUCCGCUACCAGUGCUUUGCAGGGGCACACUCUCUACGACGAAGAGUUUCGCAAGAUACUCGGCCUCAAAUUUGUGGCCGGCGGCGAGCGGACGCUGGAGCUCCUUCAAGGCCUGCUCAUAUACACGGCAUGGUACCCCUUUCACCUCCGCCCAAAGAACAAACAAGCCUUCCAAUACGUCCGGAUGGCCGCCGAGAUCCUCCACGACCUCGAACUAGAUCACCCACCUCAUCAAGGCGCAGGCUCGCCUGCCAAUGGCAGCGCCGCGACAGCGUCGUCCUUCGCGCCAGAUCAAAUGGACGGCAUCCGUGCCUACGUGUCCUGCUACUACCUGGUCUCAGCGCACGUACUGCCCUUCCUGCAGUACUUCCGCCGUACGACUCUGACCGAUGCUAGAUUCGCAAUGGCCUGGGCCAAGAUGGCGAUCCUGGCCCUCGACUACACCUCGUGGACGGCUGCCUGCUGCGAUCUGCUUGAGCAGCACUCCGCGCUCAAGGGGGAUCAUACACUCGCGUGGCUUGCGCGGCUGGUACACAUUACAGAGGAGUCAUCUGCCAUCUCAAAGACGAUGCCGCAGGGAGAGCAGGCGAAGCAGCAGGUUCACUUUAUGUUUCUUGGGCUCGAGAGCCAGCUGAGGGAGUGGCAAAGCCGGAUACCAAGCAGCCUCAGUGACAUCAACUCCCUCACACUGGCAAACCUAUUCACAGAAAUGUUCCUCCUCGCCGGACCAAUCUACACCCUCCGCUCCACAGCAAAGAUAGGCGACAGCGACCUCGGCCCCCCGAUCCCAGCCCACCGCCUCGAGAAAUGCUUGACCCUCCUCCGCACCCUCUUCGACUUCAUGGUCAACCUCCCCUCCUCCGCCUUUGUCGAGCUCAGCUCCAUCGACUGGGGCCGCUUCAUCCAGGCCGUCAUCCUCGCCAUCCGCAUUUCCUUCCCCAUGCCGCUCUGCCCGGAGUGGGACCACGCCCGCGCCCGCGAGCAGCUGCAGUUCGACUCGUACCUCGCGCGGCUGUGCGCCGACAGCGAGGAGCUGACGCUGACGCCCGCGACCAAGACCAGCAUGGACGUCCUGUCGGCCGGCAAGGUUGUCUUCGCGGUCGUCAAGCGCAAGUACGAGGCCCGGAUCGCCAAUAUCGAGACGCCGGUGAACAAGCUGCCCAGGACGAUUCGCGGGUGUCCAAUGUUUGAUGGAAGCCUGGACCAGUACUUCCCCAUUUGGGACCAGGAUAUGAGCAGGGACGGGACGCAUGGGCUGUUUGCGCCGGCGCCGAAUGGGACGCCCGCGAUGGUGAACGGACAGCCCAUCUAUGAUGACCUGUGGGCGACGAUGACUAUGAACUGGCCGGAUGGUAUGACUGGUGCCUCCACGCCGGGGUUCGAUCUGAGCCAGGCCCAAGAUCUGACGGUGAACCUCGAUCCUUCAUUUCAGGGGGCCAUGAACCUUGGCCCCUCCCCCAGUGGAAGCGGAUGA